CUCUCAGUGUGGAAAGAGUUACCCGGUUUCAAGCCAACUGAAAGCCCACAUGAUGAUCCACACAGGUCCAAAGCCAUAUUCAUGCUCUGAGUGCGGAAAGGGGUUUUUAAUCCCAAGCAAACUCAAAGCCCACACAAUGACUCAUACCGGAGAAAAGCCAUUCACCUGCUCAGAGUGCGGAAAAGGUUUUUCGAGAUCGGCCAACCUUAAAAUCCACAUGCUGAUUCAUAGCGGAGAAAAGCCAUUUGGCUGUUCUGAGUGCGGAAAAAGCUUCUCAUCGUUCAGCAACCUUAAAACCCACAUGAUAACUCACACUGGAGAGAAGCGCUUCACCUGCUCUCUGUGUGGAAAGAAGUUUUCCAGAUUAUCCAACUACACCUUCCACCAGAAAAUACAUACUGGAGAAAAGCCUUACACUUGCACCGAGUGUGGAAAGCAGUUCUCAAGAGCAUCAAGCCUUCAGUUCCACCAGAGAAUACAUACUGGAGAAAAGCCUUACACUUGCACUGAGUGUGGAAAGCAGUUUUCACAAGCAAAACGUCUGAAGAUUCACCAGAGAAUACAUACUGGAGAAAAGCCUUAUGUUUGUCUUGUCUGUGGGAAAAAUUUCUCUGAUCCAUCUAACUAUCGUGUGCACCAAAAGAUACAUACUGGAGAAAAGCCUUACAGUUGCACUGAGUGUGGAAAGCAGUUCUCAAGAGCAUCAAGCCUUAAGUUCCACCAGAGAAUACAUACUGGAGAAAAGCCUUACAGUUGCACUGAGUGUGGAAAGCAGUUCUUCAAUGCACAUGAUCUGAAGAUCCACCAGAGAAUACAUACUGGAGAAAAGCCUUACACUUGCACUGCAUGUGGAAAGCAGUUUUCACAAGCACAACAUCUGAAGAUUCACCAGAGAAUACAUACUGGAGAAAAGCCUUACAGUUGCACUGUGUGUGGAAAGCAGUUUUCACAAACAGAACAUCUGAGGAUCCACCAAAGAAUACAUACUGGAGAAAAGCCUUAUGUUUGUCUCGUCUGUGGGAAAAGUUUCUGUGAUCCAUCUAGCUAUCAUGUGCACCAAAAAAUACAUACUGGAGAAAAGCCUUAUAGUUGCACUGAGUGUGGAAAGCAGUUCUCUAAACAAUCAACUCUAAAGAUCCACGGGAGAAUACACACUGGAGAACAGCCUUACACUUGCACUGUGUGUGGAAAUCAGUUUUCACAAGCACAACAUCUGAAGAUUCACCAGAGAAUACAUACUGGAGAAAAGCCUUACAGUUGCACUGUGUGUGGAAAGCAGUUUUCACGAGCACAACAUCUGAAGAUUCACCAGAGAAUACAUACUGGAGAAAAGCCUUACACUUGCACUGUGUGUGGAAAGCAGUUUUCACGAGCACAACAUCUGAAGAUUCACCAGAGAAUACAUACUGGAGAAAAGCCUUACAGUUGCACUGUGUGUGGAAAGCAGUUUUCACGAGCACAACAUCUGAAGAUUCACCAGAGAAUACAUACUGGAGAAAAGCCUUACACUUGCACUGUGUGUGAAAAGCAGUUUUCACAAACAGAACAUCUGAGGAUCCACCAAAGAAUACAUACUGGAAAAAAGUCUUAUGUUUGUCUCGUCUGUGGGAAAAGUUUCUGUGAUCCAUCUACCUAUCGUGUGCACCAAAAACUACAUACUGGAGAAAAGCCUCAUAGUUGCACUGAGUGUGGAAAGCAGUUCUCUAAACAAUCAACUCUAAACAUCCACCGGAGAAUACAUACUGGAGAAAAGACUUACACUUGCACUGUGUGUGGAAAGCAGUUUUCACGAACAGACCGUCUGAAGAUUCACCAGAGAAUACAUACUGGAGAAAAGCCUUAUGUUUGUCUCGUCUGUGGAAAAAGUUUCUCUGAUCCAUCUAACUAUCGUGUGCACCAAAAGAUACAUACUGGAGAAAAGCCUUACACUUGCCCUGAGUGUGGAAAGCAGUUCUCCAAAGCACAUGAUCUGAAGAUCCACCAGAGAAUACAUACUGGAGAAAAGCCUUAAAGUCAGCCAGUCAACUCACCUU